AUGGCAUGCCUGUUCAGAGCUUGUUCCCCCCCCCCAACUUUAAGGGACCCCAGCAAGGCCCGAGAGGUCCGAGAAGAUGCCUUGGCCCCUAAGUCGGGCCUAUACGUACAAAUAUUAAAAAGCUCCCUGGACCCCGCAGAGCCUUUAGACACCCUGGUUUGCUCACCCUUAAACUACCUUAGCUACCUACCUAAGGUAGUCAUACCUCAUCCUUGGAAACCAUUCAACAAGACUCAUUCGACUCAAUUUAUUAAUGUCGACUGCUUUCUCAUUCCAAAGCAACGAGCCGCCUAUGUAAUUAGUCAGCCUGCAAGAGUUUGCAAAGAGGUGCGCUGCACCGUGAUCUCUUCGUACUACCUAAGCUACCAGCGACGCAUCAAACAUCCAAGCAUGACCAAGACCAAGCAUAAACCCGCCCUUGACUGA